CCCUUCCCCAUUUGGUCGCGCUGGAGGUUUCUGGAGAAGAAAAGAUUGUUGCAGUUCGAGAUCUUGGAAUUAAUUUGAGUCUGCAAAGCGGAGGAAGAAGGGACUGAUCGAGGAGGGAUGGAUCAGCUCAUGGGGAAGGUGGGCGGGUACUGGUUCAGCCAGAAGGCCAACGCCGAGAUGAACGGCGCCGGCGACGACAUCAACUCAAUCUCUAGCAGCAUUGGAGAUGGAGCUAAAUGGAUGGUGAACAAAAUCAAAGGGAAGAUGCAGAAACCACUGCCUGAAUUUCUCAAGGAAUAUGACCUCCCAAUGGGCCUGUUCCCCCAGGACGCUACCAACUACGAGCUGGCCGAGGACACGAAGCUGCUCACCGUGUACAUCGCAUCACCCUGCGAGGUGGGCUACAAGGACUCGUCGGUACUGAGGUUCGCCACCAGCGUGACGGGUUACCUGGAGAAGGGAAAGCUGACCCACGUCGAGGGCCUCAAGACCAAGAUCCUGAUCUGGACCAAGGUGACGGAGGUCAGGGCCGAGGCCACCAAGGUGCACUUCGCCGCCGGCAUGAACAAGACCCGGAAUCGGGAUGCUUACGAGGUCGUCAGGGAUGGUGUUGUCGUAGACAAGUUCUAGAUCAUACAUAGGUAACGUGAUCGUGAUGGAUGCGUGCAUCCCUUAUGCUGGGACUGAUCAUUUGGGUAUGACUGUUUUGUAGCACCAAAAGAAAUGAUGCGUACACCCUGUAGGUUGGGGUAUCAGAGUGUGAUGAAGUAGUUCCUUAUUACGACCUUGGCAGUCAUUUCGAGCGUUCGAGUCAAAGUGAAUUUAGUCAAACAAGGUAUUUGCUGAUUUCAUCAAUACAGCUCGAUAUCCGACUUUGUUCCAAUUAAUGUAGUUUAUUUGAAUGAAUGUAUCUUUGCUAAAAUGUGGUAA